AUGCCCAACGACGGCUUAUUGACACCUUUCUUGGGUGCACUACAAGCCUGUGUUUCUGUGCUGUUGACAAUGUGCUACGGUUUUGUUGCUCGCCGUCUCAAUUUGAUCCACGAGACUACAAUCAAUGACAUGUUGGGAUUAGGCGUGAAACUCCUCUUACCGGCACUACUGAUCGUGCAUCUGGGUGAACAGCUUCAUCUCGGGACAGCGAUGAACUAUAUUCCAGUUAUAGUCUGGUCAGCCCUUUACACAACUGCAUCAAUUGGCCUCGGGCAUUUCUUAUCCCGUCUGCUUGGCCUUCCCCAAUGGGUUACACCGGCUUGCUCGUUCAACAACACUACAUCUCUACCCUUGUUACUUCUCCACUCCCUCAAGAGCGUAGGAAGUCUGAAGCUGAUCCUACGCGAUGGCGAAACCACAUCGUCAGCAAUCGACCGUGCUCAGAGUUACUUCCUAGUCUACGGCGUGAUUAGCAAGACCAUCGCAUAUAUAGUCGGACCAAAGAUGUUGCACGAUCGCGGUGAUAAUCUUAGUAUCCCAGAGGAGCGACAACGCACCGCAAGCAUCCUCGCAGAGGACGAACAACUUACCGAAGAAACCUCCCUCCUCCCACAGCGCGCCCAACAAGCCCGAGCAUCAGCCGGCAAUCUAAUCCAGCGAUCGACACACUGGCUAGGCUCAUUAUUCUCUCACAGAGUGAAACAAGAACUCCUCGCACCCUUCGAGUCCCCAUUCGCCGACGUGGCAAUACUCUGCACGAUUCUCGGUACGGUACUGGGACUAGUUCCUCCAUUGCACCGAGCAUUCUUUUUUGAUGAAGAAGAUGGCGGGAUAUUCAAUGCGUGGCUGACUGCUAGUGUCAGUCACAUUGGUGGGCUGUUUACAACACUGCAAAUCUUUAUGGUUGGAUGUAAGCUUGGGAUUACGUUCGAGCGGAUGGUUGCAGAAGAAUAUUCGGGCCGAAUUCCUGUGAAGGCUAUCACGACUAUCUUUGUUGUUCGUUUAGUAGUCUGGCCAGCGCUGAGUGUUUCACUGAUUUAUGGACUGGCUAAGAGGACUCGUCUCCUUGGUGAUGAUCCCAUGCUCUGGUUUAGUAUGAUGCUGAUGCCUGCUGGUCCACCGGCGCUGUUGAUAUCCGGGUUGGCGGAAUUGGCGCAGGCGUCUGAGGUGGAAAAGAUGGUUAUUGCGAAGACUUUGACGAUCAUGUAUGCAUUGUCGCCAUUUGUAUGUUUUAGUAUCACGGGAGCGCUUAAAGCUUCGGAAGCAGUGCUUAAAGGGAAACGAUGA